AUGGAUGAAGAGCGACGCACCAAGAUUGCAGCCGCACUGCAGCAAUACCGCGAAACAGUGUCGCAGCAGAACCUUGCCAUGCUGCGUGUCAUUGUGGAUGAGCCACGGGAUUUAUUCAACGAUAAUAUACGCCCUAAAUUGCUCAAAUACCUAGAUGGAGUGGUUGACGGUCCGAAUCUAACGAAGAGGGAAGAAUAUUUCGCCAGAAUGAAGGCAAUUAUAGCAGAGGAGAAUAUAGAUUUUGGCGGCGAAUUUGAAUUCCCCCCAAGAGAUCUUGCUUAUCUUUGCACGUUAGUAGAUGGCAUCAUUGGUCCAGGACUACCAGACUACAUUGUCUCAAGUCAGAUUGAGUUUAUAAGUCCUACUUUCGAUGGUCUAGACGAUCUAGGCUAUGUUGUACCUCUUUGGGAUGAUGAUCUAGGACAUCGAGUUGAUAUGUUUUUUGGUCUUUGGGAAGACUGGGAGAUUGCAGUGGCAAUUCAAACUGGUCGUGGCCCGUUCGCGUUAUGUGGCUCUUGCGCCAUUUAUUGUCGUAAUGAGAAAGACGAUGAUAACAAAGAAUGGAAGUGGAGGUAUGGCAUGUUUGAUGGAGACUGGCACAGCGAUAUGUACAAUACUGUGGAAGAAUUCCUUGCAUAUUACCGCCAUCACAACGAGCAAACAGAGGAAAUGGUCAGGAGGAACCUUGGGAUAUAG